AUGUCAAUCCCAAACGAUACAAAGACCGAGCUGAGUGUGUCUCUCGAAGCGUUCACAAACAAGGUGCAUGAGAUACUCGAGAGUGCGAAGAAUAAGCUGAACGAGUCUUUUCAAUAUAUUACGAAGAUUUUGGACAAUAUACCCGCAAAAUCUCAAACUUUCACUCGAGCCCAUUGGACAGAGGUAUCGGCUAUUCUUCGUAAGGAAUUUACUGUCGCUAAGAAUACAGAUGAAUUUCCCAAUGCAAUAAAUAGGAAAUUUGAUAGCAUUCUAAAGGGUCCUCGCAAGAAGUCUAAGAGAUCGUUGCGAGAAAUGAAGAAGGAUAUAGGGAAGUUUCCAGACACAGCGAAUACGAUUGUCAAGGAACCGUUGGAUGAUGGUUGA